ACCCCUGCCUUCGAAGCUCUCCGGCCAGGGGAAAAUAGCAGGGAGAGACCGGAGCAAAACAAAACAAAACCAAAUCCUUUUCCAUUCUUCUCUCCCACCACUGGUCUCUGUCUUCUCCGUCGGAAUUCUUUCCAUCCACGCCCCAAUCUUCGUCUCCUUCCAUUAACUCCUCUUCCCCUGGGAGGGGAGAGAAACUAAGAGAUGGCUCUUAGUAGCCCCUGCUCUAUUGCUCUUCCAACGCCUCUGUCAUCAUGAUCACCCGCUUCUUCCGUCACUAGCUACAUAAGAAGAGAGAAGUAGCGGGUGUAGGAGACCUUUCGGAAGGGAGAAAGCAUGGCCUUCUGAUCUUAAGCCGGCUCGCUAAAGAGUUCCGGGAAGAACAGAGACAGAAAGGGCGAGAAGAAGAGGAAGAGAGAGAGAGAGAGAGGUCGGGAAGGAGUGAAGUUUUGAGAAGUUUCGGGGGAAAAGACACUAUCUGGAGAAAGACAGUUUAGAAGAAAAAAAGACAGUGAGGGAGGGAGAGGGGGGAAGAAUAUGGCGGGAAUGAGGGCGUAUGGGGCCCCAAAUAUGGCGGCUUUGCUCCGGCACGAAGGGUUUCCCUCCGACGCUAUCGAAUCUCUGCUCGCUUCGGACUCUUCUCAUGGCGGAUUCCUUGGCUUGAAAUCCAUGAUGAAUAUUGAAAAUGUUCGUGGGAUCACAAAUGAAGGAUCAUUUUACCGGUCCCUUGACUUGGAUGAGACCGGUGAGGUGAACCUGGAGGAGUUUUGUCGCCAACCAGAUAAGAAGAGGCGGCUAAUGGUUGACCAGGUUGAGCUCCUGGAGAAGAAUUUUGCUCUUGACAACAAGCUCGAACCAGAGAGAAAGAUUCAGCUUGCAAAGGAUCUUGGCCUUCAGCCUAGACAGGUAGCCAUAUGGUUUCAGAACCGCCGGGCCCGAUGGAAGACAAAGCAGAUGGAGAAGGAUUAUGGAGCGCUUAAGUCCAGCUAUGAUGUUCUCAAGGCUGAUUUUGAGAAACUACUCAAGGAGAAGGAGAAGCUGAAAGCAGAGGUUCUCUUUCUCACAGACAAUCUUUGUAAAAGGGAGAAGGGCGACUUAGAAACACACGAAAUCAAAAAUCCUCCCCUCCUGCUGGAAAAACUAGACAUGGCUUCAGUUUUUGAAGAGAAAAAACCUGAUAUGCAUGUUCUGCUGUGUAAACCAGAGGAUCUCAGCUCUGCCAACAGUACGGUAUCAGACUCGGGUAGCCCUGGGUGCACUGAUGGAGUACUCUCUCCACUUAUGGGGCAGGCAGGCUCUUCAAAUGUCUUCAAACCUGAUAGGGCUGUUCUCUUACAUGUCGAUGAGGACGAGGAAAUUAAAGGAUGCAGCUCCAUGAAGCUUGAAGACAACUCAUGUAAUUAUGUUUUCCCAGUGGAGGACCAGGCUUUCUGGUUCUGGCCCUACUGAUAUUUCAUACUUCCUAUUCUAUGCAUGUCCAUCCUGCUGUUAGUCUUUGUUUCUGCUCUAGGAUUUUUCCUCUUAUGAUGUAAUGAUGAGCAAGGAGAUCGGUAAGGGCCAUCUGGUGACACCAAACCUAGGUGGUUUGUUGGUUUUCUUCAUCCUUCCAAAGUGAUGACGAUCUCUUUCUCUAAAUUUCCCUUUCUCAUCCUUCUGAAGUCCUAAUUUGAUAUCUAAGUUGGUUUGUAACAAAGCCUUAGGCAGCCGAAAGGCCUUCUUUGUAACUAUGCAUAUGAAAAGCUACAAGAUUCGGAAGUCAAGCUAGCUCAUGGACCUGUGCUAUACGGUCUAAUGUGGAGCUAUAUCUGUAACUUCCAAGUGGCAAAAA